CUUCACAGACCCUUAUACUUUCAGCUGCUUGUAUACGGGACCAAAGAGGAUAACUGCUCUGCCUUUGGAAAUCUCACCCAUUAAAUCAAACAAAAUAAUAGAAGAGAGACAGUUAUAGAAGCACAGGUUUACGUUGGAGAAAAAUCAGUUGCUGGACAACAAGAGGUACACAAAAAGAAAAAAACUUAACGACAAUUAAAGGACUUUCUGGAAUAUCAGUUGCCUGGAUGUUUAUUUCAAUGCCACAUGAUCUUUUGUGAAGAAUAGAUCACAGAACAUUGGAUUUCAAUAAGUACCUAAUCUAUAGAAGUCACAUAUAGAUUACUGAUGUCAUUAAAUGUGUACCAGACAGACAACAAUAAAGAAGCUUUAUGUUAUGGUUGAUUGUUGCAAAUUCACAGUAUAACAGACACUGUUACCAAACAAAAUUGACUGGAUCCUAUAAAACAAUAUUAUAUCCGCACAACUCAAUGCCUUGUGCUGUUUUACCAUUGCUGUAGUGACACUCUUCACAAACUAGACUCAAAAUGAAUUUUGGGAGCUUACCAGUUAUAAAAAGUCUGGUUGCUCGCUCAAAGCGAGAACGUCGUUUGGAACUGACCACAGAUAUGAUAAGUCCUCCUCUAGGAGACUUUCGCCACACUGUGCAUGUUGGUAGAAAAGGAGAAGUCUUUGGAGAUGCAUCCUUUCUGAGCAAAUUCCAAGAGAAGCAUAGUCACAAUCGAUGGAGCCACUUUACCAGAAAUUUGCGCCAAACUAGGUGGGUGUCAUCAGGACAAUCCAAUACUGGAUCUCCCAUAUGUCCACCACCUCCUAUUUCCCCAAUCAUUAAGAAUGCUGUGUCUCUGCCACUGCUCACUAACCAUGACUGGGAUGAAGAUAAGGAUGAAGACACAGAGGAAGAUUGGAAGAGUGUAACACAAAGUCCGUCUGGAUUACAUGCUGGUUUUUGCACACUACCCCGCCACCCUUGCUCAAAGGAGAAGUCUGGGGAUACUAGUUAUAAAGUGGAAAGAGAGGAAUGGGCCAAAGAAGACUUUAUGGAUGCCAAAGAACAUAGCAUUUCUACUGAACCACAGGAGUGUUCUAGCCACCUCUGGCAAGCUGAUUCAAUGGAAUCCUUGGUUAUGGACUUUGGUCCAUCCCUUAUGAGCGAGAUCAUGAACAAAAUUAGUUUUUCUGAUAGUCCUACAGGAAUUCUAAAUGAAUCUGGGCCAAUUGAACAAGAAAUAUUGCCAACAAAUCUCUACUCAUCCAUUUUGAGCAACACAAUGAACAAUAGCAAAUGGGAUCCGGACCAGUCACAGACAGCUGUCAAAGAACCAAAAGGGCUUGCAAGUUGGGAGCACGUCAAUACAAAUCUGGAAAUGGAAGUGGAGGACUAUCAUAUAAUUAAAUCAGAACAGGGCUACACUGGAGUCACUGAGGAUUUAUGGGACAUGGAUGAUGGAUCUGAGGUAGAGAUGUAAUUAAUCAAGGAAAUCAAAAAAUUAUAAAAGGUUGUUUUUUUUCCUCACUUUGUAUAGGAGAGAAAACUGAAGAAAUUGGGUAUUUUCUAUAUGUGGACUAUAUUUUUACAUAAACAUUAAAUUUACUUUAUAUAAAAUUGUACUGCGUGAAAAAAUGACAAAAUAUAAAUGUAUAAAUGCUUUAGUAUUACUCUGACAGAUUGCACCAUAAUAUACUACACUGCUGGUUAUCUUAAAGGAAAACUGUCACUUCUGCAGAAGGUAGAUCCCCAAAU